UAUGAACAUACAAACUGUUGUGUGUCAUGUUUUGUUUAUUCUUGAGUUGGCGUGCUAAUAAUUGUAACGAAAGUUUGACUUCAUUCUGCUACGAACUGUGAAAAGAUGAACAUCCAAAUCCAGCUUGAUCGUAUCCAAGACACGGCUCCUGGAAAAGCAGGAUAUAAAAAGGUUGAAGCUGUGAGAGGAGGUGUAGGAACAUACGAGACAGCGAAGGUCACCGAACCGAACGAUGACUUCGAGCUUUGGGACCAAAAUAAAGUGGCAACCCGUAAUAGCCGCUGGACUCUCACCGGCUGGUCGUCGUGCAUUCCGAUAUCCAUCAUUUUGGUGUUGAUCGUGCUGGUUGUGUUGUUACCAUUGAUAGACGAUCCUAGCGAGCGGGCCUCGGGUUCAUCGUUUUCGGAGUACCGAUUGGUAUCUAAGGAGCAGGUACAGAUGUGUCCCGAUCGGUGCCAGAUUGCGCUGGUGGAAAGUUUACCUGAAGGAUUAACUUUCCCCUCAAGUAGUCCAACGUUCCAAACAACGUACGAUGCGUGGAGCGCAUUGCUAGCGAUGGCCAACACCACUAUUAAGAUUGCUUCAUUCUAUUGGACGUUGAAAGGCUCUGAUGUCUACAACCAUUCAUCAGCGAAGGAGGGCGAAGCCAUUUUCCAUCAGUUGCUCCAAGCUGGAAUUGAACGCGGGUUACAAGUCAGCAUCGUACAGAGUGCUCCAACGUCAGCCACUCCCAGUCUCGACACCGAGAUGCUGGCAAGACAGGGCGCAGCCUCCGUUCGCGCGGUAGACUUUUCCCGAUUGCUUGGUGGCGGCGUCCUUCACACCAAGCUUUGGAUCAUCGACAACCAGCAUUUUUACCUGGGUAGCGCGAAUAUGGAUUGGCGUUCACUGACCCAAGUAAAGGAACUUGGCGUGUUGGGGACUAACUGCUCGUGCCUAGCACACGAUUUAGACAAGAUUUUUAAAAUCUACUGGGACAUGGGAGCACCCAAUGCAUACAUACCAACUCGGUGGCCAAAGGAAUAUGAGGCAAACUUCAACGAUACCACACCUGCUCGUGUGCACUUUAACGGUGCGUAUACGCUCCAGACUUACUUUUCUAGCUCACCACCGCAGAUGUCACCGGCGACGCGUACUGAUGAUUGUGACGCAAUUUUAAAAGUCAUCAGUGCAGCGAGUCGUUUCAUACACGUGUCUGUUAUGGAUUAUUUUCCUCUGACAAUUUACACGCGCUUUACGCGAUACUGGCCUGUGAUUGAUGAUGCAUUGCGGAAGGCAGCAAUCGAGCGUAAGGUAUCAAUUCGCUUGCUUAUCUCGUUAUGGGAUCACUCGCGUCCUUCAGAAGAUUAUUUUUUAAAAUCGCUGGAAGCCCUCUCUAACUCACUUAACGACGUUGAUAUCCAGGUACGACGUUUCAUCGUACCCGCCACCGCAGACCAACGCAAGAUUCCGUACGGGCGCGUUAACCACAAUAAGUACAUGGUGACGGAUAACACGGCGUAUAUCGGUACCUCCAACUGGUCAGGAGAUUAUUUUAUUAAUACGGCCGGUGUAGGGAUGGUGUUAUCGUCGUUUGAUACAGAGAAAACCAUUAUUAGUGAAUUGCAAGAUCUGUUUGAACGUGAUUGGAACAGCAAGUAUGCCUCAACGUAGGUUUCUAAUUCAUACUGUAGCUAUUACACACCGGCGUACUUGUUAUCGUUGUUCAAAACUUAUAAACUUAGGUUCAAGUAUAUAAGAAAAACCCAUGCGGUGACAGUAGCGAUAAAACUGACCGCAAUUUGUUGCAGGUGUUGAAACGUGAGCAAUUUCAACACUGCUUGUAAUAACCUUGGCACCUGUCAAAUGAUGCCGAUGAUGUUGAUGAUACAAAUAAAGACGCAACGACUGUUUUGAGUCAGUCGGCUAACACCACUCGUCAAGUAAACUUUUAACAGGUUAUGAGCCCAGCGAUGGAAGAAAAAGUGCAAGUCCCGAAGUUCAGUGGUACCGGCUUCCAUAAUUGGAAGUUCCGGAUGGAAACCAUAUUGGACAACUACGGCCUGUUGUCCUGCAUAGAGGACAUGGAAGAGGUCGAGACGCUCAUCGAAAAGGAACUGAAGGCACCGGCAUCGCGAGCAGAAAGAAAAACGUUGAAUGAAAAACGAAUUCAGUUCAACAAAAGGUGCAAACAACCAACAAGGGAUAUCCGACGAUCAGUUAGAACUGAUUAAAGAAUGCAAGACACCAAAAGAAAUUUGGUGUAAACUGGCUGGUAUGUUCGAGAAGAAGGGUGUGAUAGGGCAACUAUUCAUCCGCAAACAGUUGCUUACCCUGAAACAUACAGAAGCGGGCGGUACGAAUUUAUCAGACCAUUCUGGGAGGCCACACGAAGCGUAAAAACUAGCGUAACUAGGGGGCUACACGAAGCGUGAAAACUGGCGUAAAAUUAAUUUGUAACGUCAAAACGUUUACGCUUCGUGUGGCAGCAAAAAUAUAAAAACGAAACGUGAAACGUGUUUACGUUCGUGUUUUUGGUCCAAGAAAAUAGAAAUAGAAGAGAAAUUAAUUGAUUUCUGAAUUUUUUUAUCUGUUUUUUCCGAUUUUGUUGCUAUACCAGCAAAUAAAAACAUAAAUUAUUCUCUGUUUGUAAGCAAAACGUAUGAAAAAAAUAAUUACGCUAGGGUUUACACCUCGCGCGAGCCGUAAACGUUUUGACAGCGCCGCAGCAGUUUGGCAUUAAUCGUUAAUGUCAACAUCAUUACGUUACGCUUGAUGUAGCCCCACAGUAAAAUUAGUUUGUAAUGCCAAACUGUUCACGCCUCGGCCAAAACAUAUAUGUUUUGACAGAAGCGCAGCAGUUUGGCAUUAAUCUGUAAUGCGAAAAACAUUACGUUACGUAUCGUCUGUCCCCGCAGAUUUACUUACAUUCGACCGAUUGAUCCGCGAAGUAAAAGCCAGUGGUGCAAAAGUGGAUGAUACAGACACAGUGUGUCAUCUGUUAAUUACAUUUGUGGUGGAGCGUGCGAACUGCAUACUCAGCAUUAGAACAGGUGCCGCGAUGCAACCCUGGGAACGCAACCAGAGCGGGUAUCUCACGAUCCAAGCUACGCCGUCACGCGGCUGGCGUCAACUUGCAACUCAAUACAAUCGGACUCAAUGCACCCCAAUCGGAAUUUAUCAGUAUCGUUAAUAAAGAGUAUUCAGCUGGACAUCGAAGCGAUUAGACCAAUAUUUUGAUGCAUUCGAAAGUGUCCCGCAACCGCGGACACAAGAUGGCGAUCCUGCCAGGAGCUGAGCU